AUGACUGGUGUGGAUGAAAUACUGAAUUAUAAAAAAAAUCCUGUCGACGAUUAUUACGCUUUACUUGGCUGCGACGAAAAUUCUUCGGUUGAGCAGAUAACUGCAGAAUAUAAAUUGUUGGCUCUGCAGCACCACCCUGAUAAGAAUGAUGGAGAUAAAGAUGCUGAAGCCAAGUUUCAACAACUAAAGGAGGCAAAAGAGACUCUUUGUGACCCAUCUAAACGGGCCCUCUAUGACAAGUGGAGAAAGAGUGGCAUAGCUAUGGGUUAUAAGCAGUGGCUUGGCAUGAAAGAUCAUGUGCAACAGUCUAUGCACUGGUCCAAGCCUAACACCAAGGACCGUAUGUUAGAGGGUGAGUCUGGGCAAUCCGGGCCUUCCAGCUUGGGUCCAAGUAAUGCCGCUGCUCGUAGAGCUUCCGAAGGAGGAGCUGCUCUUUGGGGGCGUUGGGGUGGAGGUAACCAAGAACCUCCAUCAGAAGUGAUCUCUAAGUUUCGUAACUAUGAGAUC